GCCUACCACACCGUCACGUAGAACACCGUUCGCCCGUCCACCGCCCCUGCUCCCUCGCCCAUUCAUCGCGCCGGAACACACGUGCUCCGUAUGCCCGGGUGGUGCUAGAACUCUGCCGAGAGCACCGGAGCCGUCUUCCGUUUGGAGGGCGGCAACUGCUGCGCCUGGCGCCGCUCCCGGCCGGGCCCACGCGCGUCCCUGGCCAGGCCGGGGGGGCCGUAUCACCCGGAGCCGCCCCAUAGGCGCGGCGCCAUUGGGCCAUUGGGGGUCUGAGGUCCAGGCCGAGCUGGAUCCGCUUCUGAAGCGAGGGAGAGGUGGUGGGGUGGGGGAAAGUAGCUCCAGACACAGUGUGGUCUGAGCGAAGGGAUUCGCAGUGCACGCGAGUGCUGAAAUGUCGGCGAAAAUGUCGAAGUUUGCCUGCGUAGGCGCAGAAGCCACCGUCGAACCAGCGUUUGCUGGAAAACAGAGCAGGCAGCUGCUAGCGCCACGCCAGGCCCUUCAAACGCAGAAAUCGGGGCUGGGGGAAGCAGGUCGGUAGGGCGAAGAAUAGCUUCAGAAGCGAGGGAGGGGUGGUGGGGGGAGGAAGCAUCAGACACAGUGUGGUCUGAACGAACGAAUUAAAAUGUCCGCGAGACCGCCGAAGUUGGCCUGUGUGCGUGCAGAAGCCACCGUCGCACCAGCAUUUGCUGGAAGAGUGAGCAGGCAGCUGCUGACACCACGCAAGGCUCUUCAAACGCAGCACUUGAGGCUGGGGGAGUAUCGGCAGAGCGAAGGGCAGCACGAGGGAGGGGUGGUGGUGGUGGGGGGAAGAAGCAUCAGACACGGUGUGGUCUGAACGAACGAAUUCAAAUGUCCGCGAGACCGCCGAAGUUGGCCUGUGUGGGUGCGGAAGCCACCGUCGCACCAGCAUUUGCUGGAAGAGUGAGCAGGCAGCUGCUAGCACCACGCAAGGCUCUUCAAACGCAGCAAUCGAGGCUGGAGGUUUGCUGCGAACCUGCAGGCCUCAGACAGCGCGCGUGGGAUCUUGGAUUGGUAGCCAGGCCUGCCCGACCGUAUCGGCUGUAUUGGUAUUGCGCGGCUAUACCGCGGCCCAGGGCGCACCACGGGCCGAAGGACCGCCAGAAGGAAGCGGGCGGCCAGGCCAUGGACGGCCGUCGCCACGCGCCAAACUGCUGGUAUUGCUGGCGACUCCUCCUCCUCCUCCUCCUCCUCCUCCUCCUCCUCCUCACUGGCGAGGGGGGCGCGAGGCCCGCGCCUCAGGACCGCCAGAGCCUGCGACGCGCGGUGGGCCCCGCCUCUCGGGGCCGCGCCCACCGCCGCGCGAGGCGCGGGGGGGGAGGCGCCGAGGCGACGGCCACCGCCGCGGGCCGAGGCGCCGAGCGCGUCGGUGCACCAGGAGCGAGCACGGGAGCGAGCCACGAGCACGGGGGAGAGAUGGGGCAACAAGAAUCAAGAGAUACGAGUCCUGCUCAAGCCACUGGUUGAAAUAGAACGCCAAAAACCUGUUCUCUUGGCGGCAUGCGCUCUGCCAGACUGGCUAAAAUCACCUUGCAAGGACUGUCUGUACAAGAGAAGCGAGAUGAGACGGAGGAGGACAGAUUAAU